UACCGUUUUAAACUAAAUAUACUGUUGUCAGAUAGAAAGACUUAAUUUAUACAAAUUUGUCAAUAUUUUCUUAAUUAUAAUUCGUAAUCAUGCAAAAGUUUUAUUUUGUACUUAAUCAAAAAUUUGUACAUACAGUUGUAUAUUAUGUUUUUUCGGUAACUUCCUAUCUUUAAUGCUCUUGGCGGUGUAAAUUUCGAUACGUUUAUUUUUAUCUAUUUGACCUUGUCAACAAUUUGUCGUACAAUUGUCGGAGUAAUUUAAAGACCCCUGCCAAGCCUGCAGCUAAAGAGCGUUAGUACUUGUACGAGUUUGAUAAAAAAAUUCAGACGUGUUUUAAUUUUGUAACAAGACACCAUGGAAGAAAAUUAUGGAAAAUUCAUAGCCAAUAUUCUUAGCACUUUGACUAUACUUUCGUGUCUUUUUCUGAAAGUGCCUCAAAUAUUAAGUGUGAGGAGGACGAAAUCAGCAGACUGCAUAUACAUUCAGGCCAUGGCACUGGAAAUUGCGGGGUUUACAGUAGUGACAUUGUACAAUUUCACAAACAAGUACAGCCUCAUGACUUACAUGGAGUACCCAAUUAUAUUAAUGCAAAUGUAUAUCUUGCUAUACUAUGUGCUGAAAUAUAAACAUUUACUUGGGUCAUGUGCAGUGCCAUUUUCAGCACUUGUGUAUUUCCUUACUGUACUAGGAUUUGCAGUAGACUUUCUGCCAAGAGAUAUUCUGUACUUCCUUGUGCCGUUAUGCACACCUCUCAGUGGAUUCGCUAAAAUAUCAUAUAUUUACGGAAUGAUUAAAACGGGCAAUGCUGAUGACGUUUCUUUGAUAACAUGGAUCAUAUCCCUUACUACUAAUUUGUCACGCUUGUUUACUGUAUAUGUGGACUCGGCGGACAUAAAGCUGAUGACCAAUUUCUUAAUAUCAGCAUUCCUAAGCUGUGGAGUUUUGUCAACUGCAGUUUUCUAUCAGAAACAUUGCUCACUAAAAUUACGUUGCACUAAAGGAUUAAAAUCCAAAAAAUACAAGUAGACGGUUACUGUCUUAUUAUGAUGAGCCAAAUUUUUGUCUAUUAGUCAUAACCAAUUAUCUGUUCUAAAUUAUAUGAACGAAGUCUUGUAGUAACAUUAUAGGAUUUGUAGUUGUAACUGGUAUAAAUAUGUACCAAGACAAAUGUCUAAGAGGCUUACUGUUUCUAAUACACAUUUGUAUUUCUCAUAAUAAUAAUGAAAUUUUCUCCCGCUGUUCCAAAUUUUUUUGGUGAUAUUUUGAAUUAAAUCAAUGAAUAUUUUAAAAAUUUCUAAAAAGAUUGUAGCUAGUAGUGGGUAAACUUGUCUCGAAUGUAGUUUUAGACUAUUGCCUAGUGAUUUUACUGUAGCUUGUGUCAUAUUAUUCUUUACAUGUUCUGUAUUAUUUUUAUUGAGUAAUUCAAACCUCUAAGCUAUUGAGGUAAUUCCAAAAUAAUUUGCACAAGUAAUGUAGUCAUUGAUUAAUGUUCCUCAAAUAGGUUAAAUUUAUUAUUUUUGUUAUUUAUAUUUUUAUAAUUAUUAUUAUUAAAAGGUACUUUAUUUAUUAAAUAGCACUUAAAAGACAUGAUACUUGAAAUGAAUCUUUGUGUUUGUAGAUGGUAGAGGAUUUUCUAUCUUAGUCAUUAUUGUAUGUCUAGUCUUGUUUGUCUUGCUCACUACAUGUGAAAGACGUAAAGUACAAUGUAUUUUGAGCCAAUUUGGAAAAAUUGUUAGUAGUAACAUUGGUUGCGUAGUGCCAGAGUAGAGUAGUACAAAUAGAAAAUUAAUUAAUCGUAGUGUUCGUGUAUUUAAAUAAAAACAAAUAUAUUAAUCAGCAAAAUAUAGAAUCGUAGAUAUUCUUUAUUGCUUUUGCACAAUAUGUAAUCGAAAUGGCUUGGCAUUUUAAUAUGCUUAAUUAAAAAUCUCUUAUUAAAAUACUACAAUGUUAUGUAUGUCAUUUGAUCUGGAAUAUGAAUGUAAUAUUAUACAAUUUCCAAAGUA